UUCGGCAACAUGGGGAAUCGACUGCAUGGGUUUUUCGAGCGCAUGGGUUCCACUCGGCACCGCUCCCCUGUACCGAGGCCGUCCAGCGACUCUGAUGAUUCAGAUCAACUGGAAGGCGACAACUUGGGCUACCACGGAAGACGUGAGAGCAGAGCGCCGCACAGAAAGUUUUCCAGACGGCAUACUGUGGAUACCGGGCUGCUGGAUGAGCUAAACGAAACUGACGGAGAAGGCGAGUCGGAACUCUCGGCGCUUUCUCGACGCUACCUCUUCGUCGGCAAGGACUAUGGAAACUGGCUGUUGAAAGAUGCGACCGAACUUGAUCGACCUGCGGAAGGUUAG